AUAUUCCAUUCAUUAGUAGAUUAAUAAGUUGUAGUUAAUUUAGGAGGAACAAAAAAUGUUAAAUUUAGUGAAAUGUUUAUUUAUUAGUGUUAUUUUAUGUUUAUUUAUUUCAUAUACAUUAGCUUCAAAUGGAGAUCGUACAGGUUUCUUUAAUCAUUGUCGUCAAAAUUGUGAAAGACAAAACUGUUCGGCAGAUGGCUUAGAUAUACAAGAACAAGCUAUUAGGUACUAUCAACAAACAGUAUUUGACAAGUUAUUGCAAUGGUCCUGUGCUGAUGAAUGCCAAUACGGCUGUAUGUGGCGAACUGUUGAGGCUUUCAAGGAUAGAGGUUGGCCAAUACCACAGUUUUAUGGCAAAUGGCCUUUUGUGCGUUUCUUUGGUUUACAGGAGCCAGCAUCUGUAUUAUUUUCCAUAUUCAAUAUUAUUGCUCAUUUACGUAAUUUACGAAAGUUUCGUAAGAAUGUUCGACCAGAUAGUCCAUGCUAUAAGUUGUGGCAUGUUUUUACUGCGGUAUCCCUCAAUGCGUGGAUAUGGUCGGUGGUUUUUCAUGCUCGUGAUUUUCCUUUGACAGAACUAUUAGAUUACGUUUUUGCCUAUUCAAUGGUCCUAGCUACACUAUAUUGUAUGGUAAUGAGAAUGUUACAUAAAUAUUCCUGGCUUUUAAGGGCCCUUAUAUCGUUAGCUUUUUUAGCCUACUAUAUUAACUAUUUUGCUUAUAUAAGUGUGGGACAAUUCAGUUAUUCAUUAAAUAUGACAACCAAUAUAGUUACAGGCGUUCUUAGUGCUAUGGGUUGGUUUCUGUGGUCUUUUAAAGUACGUAAGCAGCGUCCCUAUUAUCGUAAAAUCUUAGGUUUCUAUUUACUAUUGGGCUUUAGCAUGAGCUUAGAACUUUUGGAUUUCCCUCCAAUUAUGUGGAUUUUAGAUGCUCAUGCCUUAUGGCACUUAGCCACCACAUUUAUUACUUCAUUAUUGUAUAGUUUUGCCAUUGACGAUUGUCAAAUGUUGCGCAAAGAAAAAUAUUAUGAAUUAGGUGCUUUUAAUAAGGAAAUAUAAAUCUAGUUUUAUUAUUGCCAUAUAAGGAGUGAGAUCGAAAAAUUCUUAACAUACAUAUAUGUUUAUAAAAAAGAAACCACUAAACUUACAGCUUUAAUUUUUUUUUUAUUUGAUUGAAAUUAUUAUUACAAUUUACAAAAAAAAUUAUUUUUAUAGUUUUAAUCACUAGUGAUGAAAUUUUGAACCUUUUUCGGAAACCCUUCCAUUAACGUUUUUAUAGUGCUUUCUGUCACUUUGCUCGAACAUGUAGUCCAUCUCCGUUUAAAAUCUACCACACUUUUGGACACCUUUUUUGUACUCUUCAAUUCUCUUUUAACAAGAGCCCAAUAUCUCUCCACUGGCCUUAGCUCCGGGCAGUUUGGAGGAUUUGCCUCUCUUGGUACAAAUACCACAUUAUUGUUCUUGUACCACUCAAGGGCUUGUUUGCCAUAGUGACAGGAUGCCAAGUCAGGCCAAAAAUAAGUGGACACAUUAUGAAGUCUUAUGAAUGGAAGCAGCCUUUUUUGUAAACAUUCCUUGAUGUAAAUUUCGGUAUUUAUAGAGCCCGUUGUAACAAAUGAGUGGCUUCUUUUGCCGCAACUGCAUAUUGCUUGCCAUACCAAGAACUUUCUGGGAAAUUUUGUCUGCUUUUGGGUCCUAAACUUUUCUUCAACAUUCCCUCGAGCAUCAGCAACAUAAAAUUUUUGACCUGGAAGUUGCGAAAAAUCUGCCAGAACAUACGUUUCGUCAUCCAUUAUGCAGCAAGAAUAUUUUUUUAUAAAACUUGACUUCAAUUUCCGUGCUCUGUUUUUGGCCUCUAAAUUUUUAGUAGCGUUCCUGUCAGGAACUUUUUGAGCCUUGUAUGUUUUUAAACCUGCAUUAGCUUUAACUUUUCGUACCAAAUAGUCCGAGCACUGAGCUAACCGGGCUGCUUUCCUACCGGAUGUGUUGGGAGCUCUUUUGAAAAUGCGUUCUAUUUUUUUGGCUUUAGAAACAUCAUGUGGACCAUUCCUUCUACCUGAACCAGGUUUUCUAUCAACUGACAAGUUCUCCCGGUACUGUUUAAUAACAUUGGAAACAGUUUGACGGCAGACCUUUGUAUGCUUGGCCAACUUUUUGUAAGACCAAGUUGGGUUUUGUUGAAAAUAUUUAAUAAUUUCAGUACGCACUUUUUUCUGGUCACUCAUUUUAAUCAGAUUAACAAAAAAAUUAAUAUAAUUGACAUUACACAUAAUAACUGACAUGUUUUUCAAAGGUAACUUGAUCAAAAAAAAAUUCAAAUAAUACUUGGGUUAAAAAAUGUAAUGAAAAACGUGUGUUAAGAAUUUUUCGAUCUCACUCCUUAGUAUAUUGCUCACUACAUGUAUUUUUAAUAUGUACUUUUAUGUAUUGUUUUUUAUUAAUUAUUUAUUUAAUGUCAUUAUAUUAUUAUUAUUAUUAUUAUAUUUUACAAUUAAAGUGAUUUCCCAAUAUAUAAUUGUUUAAUUUAAAAAAAAAACCAA